AAAGUGUAAACCGCCAAGAUACUUCAUAUACUAUCUAACUCAUGUUUCAUCUACUCCCCCAUACCGUGAAUCCCAAUCUGCAGGUUCCCAACCCGUAGAAUACCCCCGAAGCUUGGGGAAAGAAUAAGAGCCGCACGGGCACAUAACCCCACUAUCGCAGUGACGGCUUCCAUUCAAUUUAGGUGGCACCGCUUUCUGAGCUCUGUCACUCCUCAUUUGCUCUCCACCCGACAGGACCUGAUAUACUUGAAUCACCUCUAUAGACCACCAUUCCUAUGCUACUCCGUUUCCGCACCAAAGAUGGGAUGUUCCGUGUCCCGACACAGCCCACUGAUGACUUCUUGCUCCCGUUGGAAGACUUGCUCAAGAACCACAUCAAAGCGCCCAGUCUUGCGGAAGUUUACAUCAGCAAUUCCCAGAGCGCCAGAGGAGAACUUGCUGCUGGGCUAUGUGGAAAGACCGUCACUGAUUUGGGAUUCAAACACGGCGACAUGUUGUUUGUAACCUAUCCAGCGGAUGCUGCCACAUCCAGCACGCCGGUCAAUGGCGUUUCUGCCCCUUCGGUAGCUAUUGCAGGCAUCUCAAAGGUAUCAGAGCCGCUCAAAGUCACCCAGCUCCCGGUGGACGACUUUCUCCAACUGCAAACAGGUAUAAUCCCAGUGCCAAAGUCGCGCCUCUGCCGCCACAACGACGGGGGUAUGUGCGAAUACUGCUCCCCACUUCCGCCCUGGAGCAAGAUCUACCAGGAAGAACACAAGAUCAAGCACAUAUCGUUUACGGCUCAGCUCAAGAAGCUCCUUGAUGGCAAGAACGCGGAUGGCCACUCCACAGGCGGCCAGGGAACGAGCUACGUGCCUCCACUCGAUGCCUCCAACUUUACGGUAGACUUCCAGUGUCGCAAUGGCCACAAACCCUACCCGGGAGGUAUCUGUUCCAAGUGUGUGCCCUCCGCUAUCACCUUGCAGUUGCAGCAAUUCCGUAUGGUGGACCACGUGGAGUUUAGCGAUUCCACCAUUGUUAACGAUUUCAUCGAGGCCUGGCGUAUCAGCGGAUUACAACGUAUCGGUUACCUCUACGGCACGUAUGAAGCCUACGAUAAGGUCCCAUUAGGGAUCAAGGCUGUUGUACAGGCGAUUUACGAGCCUCCACAAACCAAUGAGGGCGACGGCUUGAAGUUAGAGGCGUGGGAAGACGAGAAACACGUGGAUGAGUUAGCGAGCAGGUUGGGAAUCUACAAAGUUGGUGUUAUUUUCACUGAUUUACUAGACACCGGCAAAGGCGACGGAAGCGUGGUGUGUAAACGCCACAAGGACUCGUACUUUUUGUCAUCCUUAGAAGUGCUCCUUGCCGCCAACUUCCAACUCGCCAACCCUAACGUCUCCAAGUACUCAAAGUCCGGUGUCUACUCUUCCAAGUUUGUUACAUGUGUGAUUUCUGGUAACGCCAAAGACGAGAUUGACAUUGCCGCGUACCAGGUGAGCGAGGCUGCUGAGGCUUUAGCCAAGGCCGAUAUCGUCACCGGGUCCACCCACCCGUCUAUGGCCUUUAUUAACGAGACUACCGACAAAAGAUAUGUACCGGAAAUCUUUUAUUCAAAGCGUAAUGAGUACAACCUUGUUGUCAAAGAGAACGCCAAACCGGCCUUCCCAGUGGAGUACUUGUUGGUGUCCUUGACCCACGGCUUCCCAGAAAACCCAGAGCCGAUGUUUGCGAGCAAGAAAAAGUUCCCGAUCGAGUACAGAGGGCAUGUGGGGGUAGCACAGGAGAUCCGCGAUAUUCGGGCCCAGGUGGGCAGUGACGUGGGUGAUGGUGCUGGUUUGAAGGAUUUCCAUCUCUUGGCGCACUUGCAGUCCAUGGACGUGUUGUCUGGCGAAGAGUUUGGGUUGGUGGGUAAGUUUGUACAGUCGGGUAAGUAUGAGGAUUAUUUGCAAGUAGUGCAGAGCCCCGGCUGGCAGACGUUGAUGGCUAUUUUGAGCUGACAAAAAGACAGUUAAUACAAAAUAUAUCGAAUAGAAUGAAAUAUAAUAAAGGAUAAGGAUGCCGAAAGGAGUAUCUCUUGUAUAAUCGGCAAUACCAGAAGUUAUUCACAAAGCCAACAACUUAAGGCAAGAGUGUGAUGUAAAUUUGGUUAAAAUUUUGGAUUAUCCUACGUGCUCCAGGCCAACCAUAAUGUUUGCAAGUACCAUAUAUAAAACCUGACAUCCC